AUGGCGACUGCGGAGCCAGAGGCCGGGCCAUCCACGAGCCACGAGUUGCGGAUCACAUCCCACGGCAAAAUAACGCAGUGGGUGGCGUUCGCGCUGGAGCACUUCAAGGCACACGAAGACAGACCACUAGUGCUACAUACACUGCCCAUACAAAGAGAUAGGGAGCCGCAACAAAUGGCGGAGGGAGACGUGCAGGGGGAAACGGAGGGAGGGAAGAAAGAGAAGACGGAGCGCCUACACCCCGCGAUGGCAACGAUACCGCGACUGGUCUCGGUGACGGAGAUCAUCAAGAGAGAAUACCUGAAGACUUUGGAUGUCAAACAGGCCGAGGGCGGCGUGUUUUCCGGACUGCACCAGUACAACGAGAUCGGAAGCUUGGAGGACGCGGGGCUGGACGAGCGGGCGGGGGACGAGGAGCAGGAACGGAUGGCGUCGCUGGCGCGGGCGUUGCAGGGCCGGAACCACCUGAAGAUGAAGAAAACGGCGUUCAUGCGCGUGACGCUGAGCCGGACGGAGUUGCCGGGGCUGGUGUUGCGCGGGGCAACACACCAGCCGCCGGGGACGCGGAAGCUGAGCAGGUCGACGCGGGCACGGCUGAGGAAGAGGGCGGCGGCGGUGGGGACGAAGGACGAGUAA